GCAUUGCCACCACUCCAAGCAUUUACGUCUCUUUCCCCAGGCUAGCUAGAGCGCAACUUUGCUUGUAGCUUGCUAGCAGCUUUCUAAGAUCUUGGGUAUAAGUUAAUAAUAUACGAUCGAGGAUCAAAGAGAGCUAGCUAGGCGAGAUAUAUAACUAUAAGCGCGCUGAAGAACUAAGCAGCGCAUAUCAUGGCGAUGCUGAUGAUGACGUGGACGUGGACAUGCAACGCCAAGCUGCUGCUGAUGACGCUCGUCUUCGCUGCUGCGCUGAGCGCGACGGUGACGACGUCGCGGGCGCAGUCGCCGCCGCUGCAGUACAACUUCUACGGCGCGUCGUGCCCGCAGGCGGAGGCGACGGUCCGCAACGUCACCGAGGGGAUCAUCGCCAACGACCGCACCAUGGGCGCCGCCUUCAUGCGUCUCUUCUUCCACGACUGCUUCGUCAGGGGCUGCGACGCCUCCAUACUGCUGGACCCGACCAGCAGCAACACGCAGGUGGAGAAGAAGGCGAUCGCGCUGCGCGGGUACGCGGCCGUGAACACGAUCAAGGCGGCGGUGGAGGCGGUGUGCCCCGGGGUGGUCUCCUGCGCCGACAUCCUGGCGUUCGCGGCGCGGGACACGGCCGUCGUCUCCGGCGGCUUCGCCGGCUUCGGCAUGCCCUCGGGCCGCCGCGACGGGGUGGUCUCCAGCUUCAUCGAGGUGCUGCAGAACAUCCCGUCCCCGACCUUCAAGCUCCCCGACCUCGUCAGCAACUUCGCCAAGAAGGGACUCGACGUGGACGACCUCGUCACGCUCUCCGCCGCGCACUCCUUCGGCCAGGCGCACUGCUCCUUCGUCAACGGCCGCCUCUACCCCACCGUCGACCCCACCAUGAACGCCACCUACGCCGCCGGGCUCAAGACGGUGUGCCCGCCGCCUGGCAGCGGCGGCGGCGACCCGGUCAUCAGCAACAACCGGGUCACGGACCCCAACGCGCUCAGCAACCAGUUCUACAGCAACCUGAUGACCGGGCAGGUGCUCUUCGUCUCGGACCAGCAGCUCAUGAACACCACCUACACGGCGGCCAAGGUGGCCAACAACUCCGCCGAUUCUGCCGCCUGGAUGACCCAGUUCCAAACGGCGCUGCUCAAGAUGGGCAGCAUCCAGGUGCUCACCGGGACGGCCGGCCAGGUCAGGAAGUACUGCAACGUCGUCAACAGCAGCUAACAGAUUCUCGGCCGGCUCGGAUCACUAGCUAGCCUGUGCAAGUACAACUGGUUCUAAUCAAAAUAGAACACAGUUAUUACAUGUUUCUUAACUAUUUAUUCAUUAUAUAUAAUACUAUGUACUUCCUUCAUCUUAAAUUAUAAGACAUUUUUCCUUUCUAUAUAUUCGUAGUUUUUGCUA